AGCAAAAGGACUCAACUCGUAAACACUCGUCCUCUAGAUUAUUGGAGUCAACCGAAAUAAGCAUUGAGAGGAUCUACGUCAGGCCUGAUCUGACCAUUCUAUUUCCCGGUAAAGACCUCCUCUGCGCCCUCACCCUCUGGGCCAUGGUACAUCAGAGCGUCUCAGCUACAAUAUGAGCGUAACUCCAUCCACCACCCUGGACAGCCUGCUGACUGCUGCCUGGAGCCCGAGGAACUCCUACCCUGAUGUUUCGAUGGUAACGUCUGGUUACAUGAGUCGCCUGUGGACCCGUGACUCCCAGCCUCAGUUCUGGAGUAAGUUCCAGGUGUGGGAGUGGCUGCAGCAGCUCAUGGACAUACACCAGAUCGAUACCUCCACCAUCCCCUUCCAAAACUUUGACAUUGACGGCCAUCAGCUCUGCAGCCUGAGCUACGAGGACUUCAUCCAUGCUGCCGGCAGCGUGGGACCAAUCCUCUUCCACAGCAUCACAGAGCUCAAGUGGAGCGGUCAGUACCAUGUGGAAUUGGGGCAACUGGAACUGAAACAAGAAUCCGACUUCUCCUGUUCAUUUUCAGACGCCAGCUAUCCACCUGGAGAUAUCUUCGAUCCCUCGAUUCCUCCUGUUGCCCCUCUUGCAUCCCCCGCCCCUUCCAGCCCUGAUAUCAAAAGGUCUUUCAGUCGUCAGGUCAAAAAACAAAACCCAAGAGGGACCCACUUGUGGGAGUUCAUCAGGGACAUUCUGCUCAACCCAGAGCGAAACCCGGGGCUGAUCAAGUGGGAGGAUCGGGCAGAGGGCGUGUUCCGCUUCCUCAAAUCAGAUGCCGUGGCACAGUUAUGGGGCAAGAAGAAGAAUAACAGCAGCAUGACCUACGAGAAACUCAGCCGGGCAAUGAGAUAUUACUACAAAAGAGAAAUCCUAGAGCGAGUAGACGGACGCAGGCUGGUUUACAAGUUUGGAACGAAUGCAAGAGGAUGGAGAGAGUCAGACAUGUGACAAUUUCAUUAAUUUAUGUUGUGUGUGUGUUGUUAUGAAAAUAUGAUGUUUUAUUGUAGUUUUCACAAAGCGUGUUUGAUAAAAAAAAAUAAGUUUGAACUGUUUACACUGUUGUUACUUUCAUGUUUGCCUUGAUUAUUUGUUUCAUCCUUUUCCUGUGAUGCUGCACUGAGAUGCUCUUAACUUUACUGUGCCUUUUCUUUUGUACUUGCUUAUUGUAUCCGCAGUUAAACCUCUCACGCGUGUGUCUCCAUAACAUACGAUAUUGAGAAUCCGAUUCGUCCCAAAGGAGCGCGUGUUGAGAGCAUUGAAAACACGUGGUAAACAAAUGUAUGUUUUGACAGAUACUGUGAAGUGUCCUUUGGGAAGGACCACUGAAAAACAACAACAAGUUAAAUAAUAGCCAAACAACAUCCCAUAAAUGGAAUGAAGUACAACAAUGCAUACACGAGUGAUACAUAUUCACAUCGGCAUGAAAGAAUAUUUGGUUCAUUUUAUAUUUUUGCAUUCAAUGAACUUUGAAGAAAGUGUGUAAAUAUUUAACGAUGAUUGAUAAAAAAUAAAGUUUAUCGUUGUUUUUA